AUGAUGAGAGGAGAAAAGGAGAGGAGAGGGGAGGAAAAGAGGAAAAAAGAGGAAAUGAUGAGAACGAAAAACAAUCUGAAAUUCCAUAGUAUAGCAAUCACGAGGGUGGCCAUAAGGGGGAACGUCCUCACGAGUAUAUGUCAGGCUAUAAAAGCUCAAGAUUUCAAGGGAGUGAUUAUCAAACAGAAAGAGGGUCAGUUUUGCCCGAGUGUGAUAGAGAAUGGGGCAUCGGUAUAUGUAAUGGCCUCGAAACCGUCUAUCCUCUUGGAGUCAAUAGAAGCAGAUUUGCAGGCAUGA